AUGCCCACGAUCGACGACGCCAUCGAUGCGGUGGUGGCAAUUUUGGCCGAGCUCAGGGACUACAAGCAGAAGGUCAAGGACUCCGUGACCAUCGACGCUAAAUUUGGGGAGGCUUGUGACGAGGAGGAAGCUGAUGAUCCGAGCACGGCCGACUUCAACAACUCGUCGAGUGCGCCUCCGGACGAACUGAACGACGCUGGGGAGAAAAGCGAGAAGGCGGAGAAAAAGCCUCCGAAACUGACGGCCCCGGAUCCGAGCACGGCCGACUUCAACAACUCGUCGAGUGCGCCUCCGGACGAACUGAACGACGCUGCAGAGAAAAGCGAGAAGGCGGAGAAAAAGCCUCCGAAACUGACGGCCCCGGAUCCGAGCACGGCCGACUUCAACAACUCGUCGAGUGCGCCUCCGGACGAACUGAACGACGCUGGGGAGAAAAGCGAGAAGGCGGAGAAAAAGCCUCCGAAACUGACGGCCCCGGAUCCGAGCACGGCCGACUUCAACAACUCGUCGAGUGCGCCUCCGGACGAACUGAACGACGCUGGGGAGAAAAGCGAGAAGGCGGAGAAAAAGCCUCCGAAACUGACGGCCCCGGAUCCGAGCACGGCCGACUUCAACAAGUCGUCGAGUGCGCCUCCGGACGAACUGAACGACGCUGGGGAGAAAAGCGAGAAGGCGGAGAAAAAAGCCUCCGAAACUGACGGCCCCGGAUCCGAGCACGGCCGACUUCAACAACUCGUCGAGUGCGCCUCCGGACGAACUGAACGACGCUGGGGAGAAAAGCGAGAAGGCGGAGAAAAAGCCUCCGAAACUGACGGCCCCGGAUCCGAGCACGGCCGACUUCAACAACUCGUCGAGUGCGCCUCCGGACGAACUGAACGACGCUGGGGGAGAAAAGCGAGAAGGCGGAGAAAAAAGCCUCCGAAACUGACGGCCCCGGAUCCGAGCACGGCCGACUUCAACAAGUCGUCGAGUGCGCCUCCGGACGGACUGAACGACGCUGCAGAGAAAAGCGAGAAGGCGGAGAAAAAGCCUCCGAAACUGACGGCCCCGGAUCCGAGCACGGCCGACUUCAACAACUCGUCGAGUGCGCCUCCGGACGAACUGAACGACGCUGGGGAGAAAAGCGAGAAGGCGGAGAAAAAGCCUCCGAAACUGACGGCCCCGGAUCCGAGCACGGCCGACUUCAACAACUCGUCGAGUGCGCCUCCGGACGGACUGAACGACGCUGCAGAGAAAAGCGAGAAGGCGGAGAAAAAGCCUCCGAAACUGACGGCCCCGGAUCCGAGCACGGCCGACUUCAACAACUCGUCGAGUGCGCCUCCGGACGGACUGAACGACGCUGGGCAGAAAAACGAGAAGGCGGAGAAAAAGCCUCCGAAACUGACGGCCCCGGAUCCGAGCACGGCCGACUUCAACAACUCGUCGAGUGCGCCUCCGGACGGACUGAACGACGCUGGGCAGAAAAACGAGAAGGCGGAGAAAAAGCCUCCGAAACUGACGGCCCCGGAUCCGAGCACGGCCGACUUCAACAACUCGUCGAGUGCGCCUCCGGACGAACUGAACGACGCUGGGGAGAAAAGCGAGAAGGCGGAGAAAAAGCCUCCGAAACUGACAGCCCCGGUCUCGCUGUCCCUGACGACGGCCACUGCAUGCAGUCCGGCCCAUACAGCUCUAGAAAUUGAAGAUUUCAAGGAGAAGCUGCAGGACGAUCUGCCCGGAGUGAAAACGGGGGAAGACAAGACGGGAGACGACCAGACCAAUGUCCAGCAGCUGCUCUCGACUCCACCUGUCCCAAAUUCUGAUGUGGGCACGCUCGUCGAGCUGAACGUAUCCGGCCAAUUACCACCCGACGACGGCACGACCAGUGGCGGGGAGAGCAGCGACGUUGAGACGGCUGUCUGCAUUUCGGCCACCUCUUCAAACUCGCUGGAAUCGGAAAUGCUUGUCGACCAC